AUGAGCAAUUGUGGAGAUUUGGGUGCCGAGAGGGAGCGUUUUCUAGAAGCAUUCCUGCAACCUAAACCCGAUGGAUCACAACAUGCCCCUUGAAUUGGUAAAUUGAUAGAAGAUCUUCCUGACGAUGUCCUUCAAUCGUUUUGUCUUGCUUCUCUCUUUCUCAUACUUUGUAGGGGGCAAAAAGGAAAGAAAGAAAGGAAGAAAGAAAGAAAAGGAAAAACCACUUGAUUGCUUGAUGCACAUAAUCAAGUUUGGAAGAGUGCCAGUGCCACAAAUGGGCUUUGACUAUAACGUCCCAGACGUUACUAGGAUUUCGGCUAGCAACUUUGAACACCAUUACAGGACAAAUUGGAAUAAAAAGAAUUGAAGGCGUGCGGCUCAUAAAACUGUAUUGUUUUAGUCACAAUCAUGGAUAAACAUUUUGAUGGUGGUCCGCCUGGUUUGUGACGCCAUCUGACGGUCCAUUUGAC